GGUGGGUAUGCUCGCCAUGAGCCUUUUGGUGGCCUCUUCGCUGCUGCUGACCCUGCUGGACAGGCUGCUAUAUUCUUCCUGCGGCUGGAGCUGCGGCUUCACUCUGAAGGAGCGACAGAUUUUCAACCCCGCGGACGAGAUCUUCCUCAGCCUCUCGAGGGUGUUCCCCGCGGACUUUGUGGUCCUCGGCAUCCUUGUCCUCUACAUUUUCUCGUCUUCCGUUUUUGGCAUUGUUUCGCUGGGCAUCCGCGUGCUCUGCUUCACAAUGUACGACUUGCGGCAGCGCAAGUCCUUGCCACAAGCGUUGUUGGUACUCUGCAACGUGAUCGCGUACAUCUUGCUUGCAUUGUGCAUGGCGCUCCUCACCAUAGCCCCCAACUACACCUCCUUCGGCUCGCAGAGAUUCCAGAACGCCGAUGGCAGCACAGGCUGGUGCUCAGCCGAUAGGACAGCCACGGACGGCAGCAGAAGAUGUCAGGUAUCGGUGAUCUCGGCGUUCUUUACGCGAAUCGCGGUGGCGAUGCCGAUGUUCUCCGUAACGUAUUUCUUCGCAAAUUGGGCGUUCGUGGUGGUCUUCAGCGUCACCUUGGCCCAAUCCGUCCUGUUCAGACAGCGCCAACCCUUCUUGGACGCCGGCCACGAGCUCGAGGAGGAGGAGAUGGGCCUCCUGAGCUUCACGUGA